AUGGCUGUCGUCGUCUUCUCCAAAAUAGGCAUUAUAGGUGGUGGCAUAAGUGGCUUAGCCGCGGCCAAACAGCUUGCUGAAUACAAUCCGAUAGUGCUAGAGGCCACCGACUCCAUUGGUGGGGUUUGGAAGCACUGCUCCUUUCGGACGACCAAGCUUCAGACACCCCGUUGCGACUACGAAUUCUCAGAUUACCCCUGGCCUCUCAGGGACAACUCCACUUUCCCAUCUUAUACAGAGAUACUUGAUUAUCUAAACUCUUAUGCUAACCAUUUUGAGUUGUUCAAAUUCAUCAAGUUUAACUCCAGAGUGAUCAAAAUCCGAUUAGCCAAGGACAAACCUGUUUGGGAAGUUGCUGUCCAGACCAAUGGUGCUAUUGAUCAGUGGUAUGGUUUCGAGUUUAUUGUUGUGUGUAUGGGGAAAUAUGGAGAUGUACCGAUAAUACCAAAGUACAGGAAGAAGAAAGGGCCGGAAGUGUUCAAAGGGAAGGUGAUGCAUUCUCAAGAAUACAGCGAGCUGAGCCGAGAUAAGUCUUGCCAGCUUCUCAAAGGAAAGAAGGUGGUGGUGGUGGGUUACAAGAAGUCAGCCAUUGAUCUUGCUGUUGAAUGUGCCCAAGCUAACCAAGGUGAAGAAGGGAAACCUUGUACCAUGGUUGUCAGGACUUGUCAUUGGAUAGUUCCACACUACUUCAUAUGGGGGCUCCCCUUUUACAUGUUUUAUUCAACCAGGUUUUCUCAGUUCCUCCACCAAAGACCAAACCAAGGCACUCUCAGGACACUGCUCUGCCACCUUCUAUCCCCACUGAGAAAAGCUACAUCCAAGAUGAUAGAAUCUUAUCUGCUAUGGAAGCUUCCACUAGUCAAGUAUGGACUAAAACCAGAUCACCCAUUUGAGGAAGAUUACGCGUCGUGUCAGAUGGCCAUCUUGCCCGACAGCUUCUUCAUGGAGGCGGAGAAGGGCAACAUUAAUUUCAAAAGAGCCUCAAAUUGGUGGUUUUGGGAAGGUGGUGUUGAGUUUGAUGACAAAACCAAGAUUGAGGCCGACCUUGUGAUUCUUGCCACCGGUUAUGAUGGCAAAAAGAAGCUUAGAGCUCUACUGCCCCAACAAUUUUCUACUUUCUUGGAAUUUCCCUCGGGCAUCAUGCCCUUAUACAGGGGUACCAUUAAUCCCUUCAUUCCAAACAUGGCGUUUAUGGGUUAUGUGGAGAGUGUUUCGAAUCUCCACACCUCAGAGAUACGUUGCAAAUGGUUAGCGAGGCUGAUAGGUGGCAAGUUUAAUCUGCCAAGCGUGGAGAAAAUGGUGGAACAGAUAACCACAGAAAUGGAAAUAAUGAAGAAGACAACAAGGUUUUACAAGAGGACCUGCAUUUCGACUUUUAGCAUCAAUCAUACUGAUGAAAUAUGUGAAGAGAUGGGAUGGAGUUGUUGGAGGAAGAAGAGCUGGUUGGCUGAAGCAUUUAGUCCUUACAACAGUCAAGACUAUGCAUGAAGAAGAAGAAGAAGAAGAACAAAUCUCAACAUAUUUGUCAGUUAUAUAUAUAUAUACACACACAUAACAUAAACUAAGAUUCUUAAUUAUAUAUACUCUAAUUAGCAACA